AUGCGCCGUAUGCAGAGACAGUCAAUUCGGAAGAAAGGUCCGUUGCGCGAAGGCAAGAGUAUUCGCGUGGCGUCCGUGACGUCAUCUCCAGUGCAAAAUACCGACAAUAAUGCAAUGAUGGACUUCGAGCGAGCCAACAUGAUGUCAUCCUCUCUUCGACAAUUAACGAUGGUUUAUCCGCUGAAUGGAGGUGGUUAUUCGAAUAAUGGACUUAAUUUGGAUUUUAGUCGUCCUCUUUCUAUGUCAUCAUCUCAAUGCUCGCGGUUACGGUCGUCGAACCCCGGAAUAUGUUCACCCCCUUCAACAUCAAUCAAUAUGAUGAAUGCACCGUAUGGCUCGCCUGCAAGCCACAUGCAACAGCCAAACAACUUCAUGAUGGCAGGCAAUCUGUAUGCGAAUAACAGCAUGCGCGGUUCAAUGUAUUCAGGGAUGUCCAUUUUAGGAUCUGCUCAGCCAUAUCGUCCAGCGGAUGCAUCUAUUGCGAAUCUUUCGCAUAAACGUGUUCUCGAUGUUCAAACUUCUCAACGGGAACUGUGGAAAAACAACAGCCCUGUUUCCGUGACAGCACCAAUUUUUCGAGGCACGCCAUUACAGCAAAAUUAA